AUGAAUAGGUAGUGUAGUUUUGGAUAAACAAAUAAUCCAUUGGAAAAUAUUUUCUAGCAUCUUCCGGAGAACAACAAUGUUUAAAACUUAAAUAAUGAUCAAUCUUAAUAGUACUUGCAAAACAACUAAGAAAAUAUAUUUAAUUUUAAUAAUUCAAGCGGAAACUCUUUUUAAUAAACAUUUAACUAUGAAUGGAAUUAAGCUUUAAGUGGAAAUGGAUAUGGUUAGAAAAAUACAUCAUUUAUUUCAGAGGAUCAAAUAUAGAUUAUUUUAUAAUAAUGUAGACCAAAGCCGCAAGAAGGUUAAGAACUGAUUUAACCUUAGUAGAGUAAUUGUGUAACGAGCAAGUAAACAAAUGCUUAGAAUUUACAAACUUCUGAAUAAAAAGUAGAUAAUCAUUUUAGUGAAUUGCAAAGAUUGCAAGAAUUAGAUUAUAAGCGGAUUUAAACUGAAGAGUCAAGCAAUGACUCUCUUAUCUACAAAGGAGAGGAAGUUGAUAAAAUUCUAUCAAGAUAUUCUUUUCAGAUGCUUUAGGAAAAUAAUGAAACAUAAAAAAUCUAAGAAAAUAACUAUUUACAAAAUACUCCAGGUAGUUUAAGUUACAGCGUGAAUGAUAUGAAAAGCUACUCUGAUAAUGCUCAACAAUAAAGCGGUCCUGGAGUCGACUAGGAUUUAAGCAUAAACUUUAAUUUGAAACCCCCAUUAGGAAAUUUUGGUUAAGUUUAAUGUUUUAACGACUAAAAUAAUCUUAGUAACAAUACUCUAAAUUAAAACCUUAUUAACAACUAAUUGUAAUUAAAUUAAUUUGUUGGAGCCAACGGAAAUUACAUCAAUAAUAAUAAUAAUAUAACACCAAAUAAUUAUGGGGUGAAUUCUUAAUAAGUCAAUCCUAAUACUUACUUAAAUGGAUAGAGCUAAGUGUUAGCUUCAAGCAACAUAAAUAUUUAAGAAUAUAUUAAUAACAGUAAAAGUGACUUAUUUUCUAAUAAUUUAAGUGGAAUUAAAUGGUCUCUUAUGAGUUAAGGGUCAAGUGGUACCUAUUUCCCUACUUCAAAUGCUUUAAAUAAUUAAACUUCGCAAGGUUCAAUAAAGUAAAUCCCAUCGGGAAGUACUUUUGUUACUAAUAAUUUUUUAACAGUCCCUUAAGGAAAUUCUACCAGUGAUUAGUAAAAAUUAUUAUAAAAAUAAGAAGAUUAAUUUUAGUUAUAGGGAACAAAUGGUUAGUAUACUAAGUAGCUCAUUCCACAAAAUAAUAAUUUGAAUUUUCAAAAGUAAAAUUCUAAUCAAAUUAGUAAUGAACAAAGCUAUAAAUGCUAAGAAUGUGCAUUAAAUAGAUAGCAAAUAAGUUUUUUACAAAUAUAAUUGAAAGAAAGUUAGGAAAGAGAAGAUGUCUAAAAAAAAUUAAAUGACUCUUUAAUGAUAGCUUUAAGUUAAGUUCAAGAAGAAAAACCUAACUAAGCCGAAGGAAGUAUUUAAUCUGGAAGAAGUGAAAUACUUAGAGAUUUCUAUGAAAAAGAAAUAAAAUAAUUAAGGGAACAAAUGAACAAUAGAUAGAAGUAAUAAGAAUAAAUAGGAAAAGAGUUAAUCAAGAAGUGCGAUGAAUUAGAAAAUUAGAAAAUUUCCUUAGAGUUAUAAUUAAAAGAUUUCAAAAAUAAAGUAGAAGAAAAAAAUAUCGAAAUAAAUGAAAUCACAAGCUCUUUGACAAGAAAAGAUUAUUAGAUUUUUUAGCUAGGUGAAGAAAUAAAAAAGCUUUAGCAAUAGGCCUUAGGAAUCGAUGAAAAUAAAGUUACAAAUUUAGAAUAACAAAUAGACUAAAUGUAAAAAAAUCAUGAUAACGAAAUUAUUUUAAUGCAAACAGAAACUGAAAAGGAAAUUCAGAAGUAUAAUUUGCUCUUAACAAAAACAGUUGAUUCGUUUGAAACUAAAAUUAAGUAAAUUUUAACUGAGAAAAAUUUGAUUGAAAAAGCUAAUGCUUCUAACACUGAAAUUAGCAGCGAUUUGCUUUAGAAAUUAAAUGAAGAAAAUAUUCUAUUGAGACAAUAAAAGGAAUCUGCAUUUAAACAAGCUGAGACUCUAUAAAAAUAAAUGGAAUAAUAAAAAAUUUAAGCUACUGCCUAGUCAAGUCUCCUUUCAUAAAUUGAAGAAUAAGAAAGGACUAUUGAACAACUUCAAGGAAUUUCUUUGGCACAUGAUUCUCUUUAAGUUUAAUAUGCAUAGCAAGCAGCUAAUAUUAAGCAUCUUUAAAUGAAAAUUAAGGAAGUUUAACAAAGCUAUUAAGAACUAAAACUAAAAAGAGACAAUGAGUUAAAAUAGUCGACUUCUAAAUAUGCCGAAUUAGCAUCGAAAUGUUCAGAAAUUUAAUCAAAUAGUGAUAGGUUAAAAAAGGAUUUUUAGAGGAAAAGUGCUAUGAUUAUUAGAGAAAUCUUAAAUAAAGAUAUGAAAAUAAGACAACUCAGUUAAAAAAUAUAAAUGAUCUAAGGUAAUUCUUCUCCAUUUAAUUCAUCGAACGGAUCAAACUUACAAGCUACUACAAAUUAGCAAAAGAGAGAGAAAAGUCCUUUAAGCAAAUUGUUGAGUGAGGAUAAGAUGCUUUCAGAUAAUAUUAAUUUUGUAGAAUUUAAUAAAUCCUAGCUUUUAAAUUCACCCAAUUAAUUAAUGAACAGUACAACUUCAAAAAAUCCUAAAAAUAAUUUAUAGGCUGAUCAAGAAAAAUUAUUAGAAGGAUUUUAGAGUAGAAGCAGAAGUCCAGUUGGAAGAAAUACUCAAAAUACUUAGUAAUUUUGGUUAAAUUUUAUGGAUUUGUCUAAUAUAAGUGGUGAAAAUUUGCUUAAUGCAGCUUAGAAUCAUUUAUUUAAUGAAGAAGAGGAAGAUAACUAGUUUAAUGGAUUAAAUAUAUCAAAUAUGAAUACAGAUGAAUUCAAAAGUAAAUAUUUAGGAUUGUUUCACUAAAGAAAUGUUCUUGAAAAUACAAUUAAUGAGUUGAAACUUCAACUAAAUAAGAAAAAUGAAUUAGAAGUAUGCUUAAAAAAUGAAAUUAGAUUUAUUGUAGAAUAUCUUGUAUAAACAUUAGCUGAUUAAAUAGUUCUAGAUAUAAGGGAAAAAGAAAAUUAAAUCCCAUAAGGAUUUUAGUCACCUUCUUCAAGAAUUUAUGAUCCCUCAAAGGCAUACGGAAAUGAAGAAGAGAGAAUAGUUAGAGAAACUGAUAAAAUCUUAAAAUAGCAUAUAAUAAAAUUAUAAUAGAAAGCUAUAUAGUCUCAUAUGGUAGAAUGCUACAAUAUCUUAAAUUCUAUACUAGGUGCUAACACACCUCUUCCUAAGCCAAAAUAAAGUAGCUAAGAAAAAACUCAACAACUUUAAACAUGUGAUCAAAAGAUAAAAUCAUCAAACAAACUGUCUUAAUCAUAAUAAGAGUGCUAAUCAUCAUCUUCCUCCUCUUUGUCUAAAAGAGCUUUAAGAUAAAUUGACUAAAAGCAAAAUUAAUAAAAUAAAUCUAAUUCUCCUUUUUCAAAGUAAUCUACAUCUCAAAAUUAGCAAUAGAACUUGAUUAAAAAUGAAUUCUCUGCAUCAACUAAAUUAUUAAAGAUAAGUUAGCAAAGUAGCAUAUCUAAAAACAACAUAUCAUUAAAUGCUAGCAAUAUGAGUAAUAACUCACCUAAUAAAUUUAAGAAAUAGCCAUUAAAGCUUUCAGAUUUGAAAGUAGAUUCAACUAAAUAAAAGUCUAAACAAUAAAAACAAUAAUCAUCUCCUCUGAUCAAGCAGUAAAGCACCCCAACUAGAUCUUAGAAAAUAUAAAAAUUUGGAUAUUUCUUAUCUAAAUAACAAAAUUAAAAUUAAUCAUAAAACAAAUUAAGCAUAAAAACAAACGAGAGCAAUCUAUCUCACAACUUAAGUUUAAAUAAUAAUAUUGUUUGA